AUGGCUAAGCGCGUAACAAUCUUCGAUCCCCCUCCUCCGGAUCACUCCAAGGCGAUCAUCGAGAAUGUGCUCGAUCUGACGCCUGUGGUGGACCUCGGCCCGGAUGUUUUCACAAACACGCGCCCGCUAUGGCAUCCGCCCGGUGCCCGCGGCAUCUACGGCGGCGCCGCCAUCGCCCAGUCCCUUGCGGCCGCAAUGCGUACUGUCCCCGCUGACUUUGCCGUCCACAGCAUGCACUGCUACUUCGUUCUGGCCGGCGACUCCGAGAUCCCGAUUCUAUAUCAUGUCGAGCGAGUGCGCGAUGGACGCAGCUUUGGCACUCGCACCGUGCAGGCGCGUCAGCGGGGCAAGCCCAUUUUCACGACCACGCUGAGUUUCAGUCGCGUCGGCAGUGGCGGCGAUAAGACUGUUGAGCAUGCGGUUCCAAGGCCGGAUGUUGCGCUCCCGGAGGAGGCGGAGCCGGGCACUCUCAGAGCUUUGAGUAAUGCAGGUGGUGGACCCUUUGAGUCGAGGAAGGCGGGCAUUCUUAACCGCAAUUCUCCCAACCCCGAAGAUAAGAAAGUGCGACGAUUCGUCCGAGCUCGCGGUCAUAUCUCCGACGAGGGGGGCUAUCAAGCCCACCUGUCGGCGCUGGCCUAUAUCACCGACAGUUAUUUCAUCGGCACCAUCUCCCGGGUGCACGACAUCCCCCGAUUCUCGUCUCCUGCGGAACUCGAGAAACUUCUCAAAGCAUUGAAGAACCCCUCCGAUCUCGACGAUGAGGAUAUCACCCGCGCUUUGAAGGAACUGAAGGAGGAAGAAACCGUUGAGCUGCGCCGGCGUCUUGAGGGAGCUCUCAAUAAGGCUACAAACGGAUACAAAGAGAAGGAUCAUAAGUCAGUUGGCAUGAUGGUCAGCCUUGAUCAUUCGAUCUAUUUCCACAACCCCUGGGCCUUCCGGGCUGAUGAGUGGAUGUUGACUGAGAUGGAAAGCCCGUGGGCCGGAGAAGGGCGCGGUCUGGCGAUUCAGAAGAUUUGGUCCAAAGAUGGGCUGCUGAUUGCGACCUGCACACAAGAGGGAGUGGUGCGGUUAAAGCAGGAGAAGCCGCCUUUGUCGAAGAUAUAG